CGGUGGUCGGCUGUUCGUUGCAUCAUCCGAAGGCAUAUCAUCGUCUGUGGGAAGGGGAUCGAAUACUGCGGCGACUCUGCUAGUGGAAGGGGAUCAGGAUGGUGCCUCCGAUGGAAAAAACCGACAAGCGGAGUAACCUCCAGUCGGCAGCACAUUGGCUUGAUCAGAUAAGUGUUGCAGAGACAGAGGACCGCCAUGAAGUUGUUGUGAGGCUCUUCGAGCUGGCGAUUGAAUGUGGUGCCCAGCCGACAGAGGAAAUCAUCGAGGCAUUGCAGGCAUGUCGAGAGAGGUAUAGCCAAAAGCGGGAGGUCAGGGGCAGCAACUAUUCAUCAAGGUCGACGAUUGCGCGCAAAGCCAGGAGCGCAGUGAAGGGCAGGCCGGCUUUUUCGAGUAGCAAGACUUCGGCACCCCAUCGCACGAGAUUACAGCCGGUGCAGGAGAGAACCUGCGGAGGGGUUAUGAACGAGAAACAUGUCAUGGAUGGCAGGGGUAACAAUAUGCAAGGCCCAUCCCAGGACUGGUACGACCGGGUUUUGGUCGCGGAAUUGCCAGUCGAAGAUGCCGUCCCAGCAUCGGCAACUGUCCGGAUGCCAGUAGGAAGGGCAAAGUUGACAAGAAUGGUCCUGACGACGCAAAGAGGUAAUUCUUUGGAAUUGCAUGUGACCCGAAAUCCGACGAGGUCCGAGGGUAAACCCGUGCGCUUUCUAAUGUCGAGGGAAGAUGCUGCGCAACAGAGCUUACAGGAUCUACGGCGUACUGUGUAUAGCAUUGUGGGCAACGCUGCAAAUGUCCCGCUCAUUGAUGCGGUCGAGGAGGUUGCAGACAGCAAAGAUGCGACGGAUGAGGAUAUGGCGGUCGACAGCUUGAGUGCGUUCUCGGAGGAUGAUGACAGCACAGAUGCAAGCGAGGCUGCAACGAAGACUUGCGACUGCGCCAAGCGAAGGUGCAGCUAUAGGAGUGGUGGCGGCAAUUUGACGGACUCGGACAAGGGUAGCAGCUCUAGCGACGAUGCAGAGGAUGGUUCCCAAUCUUUCAGAUCUAUUGACAUUAGGUCGGAAACUGACGAUGAUGUUUCUUUGGCAGAGAUCCGAGCAGCAAUGAAGAGCGGGCUAAAGCUGUCUGGAAGCGAUGGAACACGAAGGGCUCUACGACUUUCUGCGGACCCCUUCGUUGCAGGGGUGACAAAGGUGAAAACUGCUGCCAGAAAUGGGCAGAUGUCAGCGGAUAUCACAACUCGUGUGCGGUGUACUCGUGACAACGUCGCUUCCACGGUUGGCAUUAACAGUAAGCUGUCUGCCUCACUACGCUCUGCUCCCGUUGCGAACAGAACAACAGCCACGAAGGGGGCUCCGCUGCUUUCUCCCAACCCCUCUUCUCAGGCCGCAGCAUGUGUCACGCCGGAUGCGACACCCAGCGAUUCGCCAAGGCUUCAGACUAAUCAGUGGCCAACUGCACAAAGUAGCGACACCACACAUGCAGCAUCUCCCGCAAUGGAUGUUGAUGCUAGAGGGGGUGGCACUGACGAAAAAGCUCUGUCGGUUGAAUCGUCUGUUGUGCCGCAUUUGCAGCAGCAGAUGCAAACCUCCUCUACUUUGGCCCCACCUGUGAAUGAUGCCCCUGUGAUGACUUUCGGUCAAGAGGGUGUUGCCGAAGCUGAUGCACGUAGUUGUGACGCAAACGGAGAAGCGGUUGGAUCGACAGACGGAGAACAAGAAGAUCAUCUUGGAGAGGCAGCUGUGGACAUGGUGUCUGUUCGACAGGUUUCAGAAGGGUUUUCAGCAACCACUCCACCAGCGGCCACUGCCCAACGAACGACCCCGAAGCCAGUAAAUCAUCGCUCUCCUCGAAGGGCAAGACAUUCUAGAAGCUGGAGCAUGAUUGGUGGAAUCCUCGAUGAAGUAUCCAAUGGUAAACGAUCACCCCUGUUGUCCGGGCCCAUGACACAGGAAGCGCUGGGGAGAAGUUGGCAAGCUACCUUCCCAUGGAGGAGGUCUUUUGGGGGUGAAAUUGAACUUGACAGGGGAACAACCGAGAACCUCCCUGGUCAUCUUGCUCCCUCUCAUGCUCAGCAAAGUCAACACCCUUGGGGUGGCAGCGUUAAUCCUAAACACGCCACGUCUGGAACGGUGUCAUGCACGGGUUCUUCUGAACGAUCGUCGACAGCUGAUUUCCUUCAAAGGUCCUUGCACUUUGAGAAUGUGGCAAUCACUACUCCUCCCACCUCCUUUCCUGUCGCUGACACCCCAAGCGAGCAAUUAUCUGGCUCUGAGCCGAACUACCAAAUGCCGCCCUCUGGUGGGAACAGUCACGUUAGCUGGACUGACAGCGAUCAGGAGAUGGUCGCAAGUGUUGGAGAUGAAUCAGGGGCACCACAGUCAGAAGGAAGUCGUAGAACGAGAGGUCCUCCUCAGUUCAUCGCUACUGCAGUGGGUUGGAGACCUUUUGAGAGCCCUGGCGUUGGAGACUCGGGAGCGGAUUCCAGCAGGACGCCCAGUGCACGCGAUUCAACCGUAGAAUCUGGUCGGAGCCAACAACAUAGCCUCUCCGGCUUUCACGAUGAUUCCAUGUCCAUGUCCAGCAUGCACAGAACAGGUGCCCCGGGAUUCACGCCUGGAAAAGACAGUGGUGGAAGGCUGAGGAGGCAAAUCCUCUCCUCAUCAACAUUGAUGGACUCGGCGGAUGCUGUGGGUGCAGACUGCUGUCAAGAUGGGAAGGCAGCAGAUGGGCAUGCAACCGGCGGGAAAGGACAGCGAAAUUUUGCCGCUCCCGUGGACUCCUUUGAGGAAUCAGUGAACAGCAAGGAUGUGCAGACAUGCUCAGAGGAGGAUGAGGAGCAGGAGGAGGGCCGUGGAGGUGUUGCCAUAGGAGAGAAAAGUGAAGAUGUUACACCGAUGGCUACUGCACCUCUUGAAAGAAGGGUCUCAAUGUUUGGAAGUCAGUGUCAAUAUCCAGGAUCCUCCAAAUUGGAAAAGAGCGACUCGUUUCUUUCACUCAGAUCUAUUUUGAAUACCCCAAUGUACAGUAUCAGCGAUACCGACGACUCAUCAAAUGACGAGUGUGAUUCUUCUGUCGAUGCUUGUCGCGGUGGAAGCGCUUGCAGCCAAGCUGAGGUGGGGAACGGUACGUCAGCAUUGCAGACCCCCACAGCCACCGCUGCCCACCUAGGUUCUAGGGCAGAUCGUAAAAGCCCAGAUCAACGGCUGACGGGAUGGCUUCCGUGGCGAUCCGCGAAGAAAGACGUGGUCUCAUCAAGCUCAGGGGAAACAGAAGAAGAGCCUGUGCAGAAGAGUAUGAGGGAAAGCUGCGGAAAUGGGCCCGAGGCUGUGCAGAAGAGUUCGAGGGAAAGCUGCGGAAAUGGGCCAUCAUCCGAUUCUGACGAAGGCGGCAGGGAACAGAUGACCACCAGUUCGUGUUCAGUCAAUUCUGAUGAACAGUAUCAACUAGCUGUUUCCAUGAACUCACGCAACUCUCGGCCUUUCCGUUUGGCAAAGGAAAUGACAAUCGACGAGGAAGAGGAGUUCCAUGAUGUGGAUAGUCCUGGCAAAACAGUGUUGUCCUCUCCGCCGCCAUCCCCUGUCGCUGCAAAGGUUGCAAUUCAACCGCAGAAGCCGGGACCUCACAGUGUGCGUAGCCGCAGAGUGCGGCCAAAUGUAUAUUCCACAUUCCGAAGGAUGAAGCAGCAGGCAGCGAGCGAGUCCCUAGCAGUAGGAACCUGCGACCGUAUAGUGCAGACUGACAGCAUGGACUUGUCGGAGAGCAAACAGAAAGUUGCAGAUCUGAGAGGCGAUGACGGAAAGGCAGGUCUGCUGGAGGUAGGUGUUGCGAUGGAAAGGAUAAGCCAGGCAAUGUUACCUGCUGACGAGAUUGGUGACGGGGCUCAGAACAGGGCAGCAGACAUAAUCAAUCGUUGCAAUGGCGAUGCCUCCGUAUCAAUCUAUUCAAAGGCACCAAGGUCACAAGUGGAGCAUGCAUUUGCCAAACUCUUAGGUGCUACGGUCGCUGAGGAUGGCCCAGCAGAUCCGCCCUUGAGCAAUGCACAGAGUGAGAGGAUGGUGGCUGGCGACAAUGCCAGACAGGCAGCACCUGCCACCGUUCCCCCUUCAGAUAAUACAACGGGGGGGGCUGCCGAUUCAUUUGAGGGAAGAUGCGGAAGAGAAGGGGCGCCCGAAAAGUCCUGUGAGCCGUCGAUAACUGAUUCUCCCCCUGAAAGGGGGAGAAUGGGUUGGCCACUGUGUGCAAUUCAUCGUCAGGACUCGGCGGGUGGCAGAGUUGGGAGCGGGGAGGAUGGGCAGGAGGAGGAGGAGCACACGUGGCAGCAAAAGCGGGAGGACAACACCUCUGGCGCGUUGCCGGCAAACGGACAGGCUAGUGCAGUGCAGCCGAGGAAGAUGGGAAAACGCAUCCCAGCAAUGGAAUCCCUCCCUGUGUUGCUUGAGGAGGAAACUUCUGAGUUGGGUGGAAAGGAAAGAGCGGCAUCAGGUAAUCCUCCCACAGGUCCAGCAUUAGGAUUGGAAGGUCUGGUUUCACUUGGGGCAAACACGCCAAGCAGAGACUAUACAUUCUCUGGAACUCAGCGUUUUGGUGUGUUAGGGUCGAUCAGUGCGAGUCAUGUGGGUGGGCAGACAGCACGCGCAGAAACCAUGAGAACUGCAAAAAAGUUUUCCUCCAUGGAAUGCCUUCCUGUGUUGCUCGAAGAGGUAACUAAGCUGGCUGGAAACGACAGAGCAUCAUCAGGAAUUCCCGCGGUAAAUCCAGCAUUACUACAAUUGGAAGGUCUCGUUUCACUUGGGUCAAACACACCGAUCAGAGAUCAUACAUCGAAUGGGAAGCUUCAGUUCAGUCCGUUAGGAUCGAUCGGUGACGGCAGUGUGGAAGGCCAGAUGGCAGGCACAGAGAAUGUGAAGGCUCUGCCGUCAGUACGUGGUGAGGAAACGAAGUUGGGUGGAAAGGGUCGACCGUCAUCUCGUGAGGGUGCUACACAUUCACCGUCACAAAUGGAUGGUCUGGUUGAACUUGGGCCCAAUCAACCAAGUAGAGGCCGGACUUCCACACAGAAUCGUCGCUGUGGUGUCUUGGGACUGAUCGGCCACGGGCAUGGAUUGCCACACAGCUUGUGGAGCAAAGCUCUGCCUGCGAUCUCGGCUUCGACUGUGCAUGCCUCCAGUGAAAGUGGGAGGAGAGUACUGUCGGGGCAUUCUGAUCUGAUGUUUCUGUCACAAGACCAGAUGAGUGAUCUUGACAUGUCAAUCGAGAGCAGACAUGGCACCGACAUGUCGGUCGAUAGCAGACUUGGUGUCCCCGAGAGGCGGAAGAAGGACAAAAAGGGGCGCAGACUGGAUGUUCUGGGCCCUUCGGAGAAGGACCUGGCGGAGAGAAAAAGGAGGAGGAAAACCAUGACCAAGAUUGCGAAAUUGUGCUGUUUUCUCUGAGGUGUCCGUAGGGACUGUUAGCAGGCCGAGGGUUCACUCUGUGAGAUACUGACAGGGGCGACUGCGAUGCGGAAAGACCGGUAGGUUAUUGUCGUGUAAGGGACGCAUCAGUCAGUAGUCGUGGUUAUUUUUCGGUGUAGCUGAACAUGACGGCGUUGAGAUUAGGGUUUAGACUGCUUCCAGGGACAAUUGCGUAUGUCAUGAGAGGGUGUUGCGAAAGCUGAAUGUGGCAUUUCCCAUUUGUAUAUUCACUCAUCCACGUUUUCCCAAAUCUGGAGCUCAACCUCCUGACGUUGGCAGAUCAAAUAACUGGGAAACCAGGGCAUCUAUUGUGUGGAAUCAUUCAACGUACUGUGAAACAGUCAGCUCUUUGUUGGACGUAGACACGCAGAUAUACCUGCCUGUCUGUGCCUACGUAGUUUGGUUCGGACCGUGGCGCGCGGGGAAAACCCAGCAUAGUCGCAUGUCUUGUUUAUUUUGCUCUUUUGUUUGCAUCUUUUCUUUUGUACAGUGUUGGGUGUGAAGGUUGGAGGGAUGCCUUUCCAUAUGGCCUCAUUAGGCAAGGGGAGAGAGAGAGAGAGAGAGAGAGAGAGAGAGAGAGAGAGAGAGAGAGAGAGAGAGAGAGAGAGUAGCAGAGCGAGGGGAAAGGUACACCUUCUGCAGAGACUCAGCUAUCGAUCUCUAGUGAUGGCAAAAGCCCUGUGGCCGCUUGUAGGAACUGUCAUGAACCUCAAGAAGCCAUAUGGCAACAUCCUCGAGAAGCAGGAGGAUGGAAGUUAAAGUACCCUCAACAUGUGCCAAACUAUCCCACAGAUUUCCACUAAUGUGUGCAGGGCCACCGGAGGCAUAUGUGCCAACACAUCUCUUGUUGUGUGUCUCUGCAAUGGGAUCCUGCACAAGUUCCAUUCUGGAGAGAGAGAGAGAGAGAGAGAGAGAGAGAGAGAGAGAGAGAGAGAGAGAGAGAGAGGCUAGAGACAUUUCCCUUGGCGUUCAGAUGGACAAGCGGAAACCCGGCACUGUCUGGCAUUAUGCCGCAGGACUACGUUGCAUGUUGGCGAAUUGUUGAGCUCAGUAGCGGCAGGUGCACUGCUUAGGCCGGAUGCAGGUGGAGGACAAGGACCCACGAGGCUUCUUCAUACUGCUGGUUGAUUUAAAGUUCACCGCUCGUCGGAUUAUCUGUGAUGCUCGAUUCUGCGAGGUGUGCCUGAGAUCUACAGUGUGCAAAGAUCAAUGCCAGAUGAUCCACACAUAUUGGUUGGAGUGUUUCCUUCCCAGGUUCCAGAGCUGCAACUGGAUUGAAGAGAGCCAGAUGGACAGGUGGAAAAGCAGAAGCAUGAACAUUUCUUUUCACAAAAGAAGGCAACAGCCCGGGGGGGGGCGGGCGGGGGGCGAGAGAGAGAGAGAGAGAGAGAGAGGCAGCAUGAUGAGGGAGACUUAUUGCGAGAUCCUGUUUCAACUUUCAAGACAUUUAUGACACGAGGUUCGGAUUAGUUUCAGCUCGGUGUAUAUAUAAUUGCAGAGAGAGGCAGGAGUGGAAGAGAAGAGAGAAGGGUGAAAUGCGAUGCCCGCUACGCGAUGGAUGGGUGCUGUCACUGUUGUGGCUUCAACCAGCUUGUGAUUUUCCUUUUUCUUUCUCCCAAAUGUGUUGUAAUGGAGACUUUGUUGACAUGAGGAGAGUAAUUUUCAACGAACUUUCCAUUGCGAGGCAGUGAAAUUUUCAGGUGCAUUCCUAUGGGGAAUAUUAGUAGUGUUGCCUGUGCUAGGUUCUUUAACUUUUUAAUAGUUUUUAUCUUUUUUUUUUACGUUUCCAACUUCCCGCUCUUUGAAACGAGGAGAGUAAUCAUCCAGGGUCUACUAGUCCUUAGAAAAGGUUAUUUGAGAGCUCGGGCAAAAGUCGUCGGGACCAAUUUUAAGUGAGCAGCGUAUUUGGAGGCGUCAUCAGUGGGCAGCAACAAACAUUUUCUUUCAAGUUCCCCCCUUAACGAUUGAUAUAUUUAUGAUCAUUUUCGCAAAUUGCCAAACGCAAUGGGACCAUUGCUCUAUCCUUAGGUAGUUUCAGAUCGCUAUCCCUUUGCCGUUCUCCACGCCUUCCUCCUCUCCUGUUCAAGUCGAGCACAGCACAGCGAAGCUCGGAAGUUUGCGCACAGGCCGAGAUGCCCAGAUGGGGUGUCCGAGAGGGCACAUGCCUGGAUGACCAGAUGCUCUGCUUAUGAACCAACCCCAUGAAAGUCGGCCAAAGUGAGGAGGACAAGAAAGGAGGGUCUCGCUCGGCCACUCUCCCGAUGCACAAAAGAGGAAAAUGAUGGCGGCCUAUCUUUCCGUGUUCUAGCGAAGGAUUCAUUCAUUCGCAUUUUGCAAAUUUGGUGAGUGGUGGAAGGAGACAAGGAGUUAUCGUGAGGAGCUGCUAAAUCUAUUUUGGCAAGGUAGGGGCGCCUGGAGUUUUGUGAGAUCCAAGGCAUGUCAGUCGGCUCGGUGUAGGGCAUCCUCUCAGAGCACACGUUUUUAUUUCUCUGUGGACGUAAUUGCAAUCAGGUGCAUACAGGUCUGUCUGUGAAAGAAGAGGUCAGAUACGCGCAAGAAAGUCUUCGUGUGAGUACGCUCUGUGAGAGAGAACCUGUAAUAAAGCUUAGGAGCAAUGGAACAGGGGAAACACGGUUGGGCUGCAGCUGAGUUUGUGCUCUUGUCAGCUGGCUGGUGGUGAGGUCACUGAUACCCCCUGCGCUUGCUAGGAAGUAGGCUUCAUGUCACAGAUACAAGAAAGGGAGUGGGUACAAGCGAAGCUGGACAAGCCUUCGCUGUGGUGUGCGCGCUACAUCUGUGACUGUAGGGUCACUUGAUAGGGUUUGUCUAGCUGCAGUAGCAUGGCGUAGGGGUAGGCUUCAUAUUCCUUUUUUCUGUGGUCUUAUGCGUGUGUCGGGCGGGGUGGUGGGUGGGGCCUGUCAGCUGUUGUUGAAGGUCUGACGAUGGAUCAGCCACAGCUGACGGACCGGUCGUAAAAGUGUGGGUUAGGGGUCCAUUGGCUUGCUCACUGUUGCCGUCAGCUGUGGCUGAUCCAUCGUACUACAAUCGGGUGUGGCAGGGUUGUGAUAGGUGAGGGCAUACUCACACUGGCACUUUUUUACUUAUUUCUGGACGGAAUUGUGGCCAGAUGCAUACAGUUUUGGCUGGAGGGAGAUACAUUUCAGAUAGCGCUAGUGUGAGUACGCCCUGAGUGAGUUGGGUGCAGCUCUGCACCUACGUAGUGACCCCGAUGUGAGCAUAGCACCGGUCACUAGCAGUUAAGGUGUGGCAAAGAGGUGGUUAACCCAUGGUUAAUCCGCGUGGCUCGCUUGCUGUCCCUACUGUGCAGCGUCGUUGGCUAGGAAAGAAACUCUGUGGCAGAGUUGUAGUAGGUUAGGUGAGUGAGUUGGUGGAACUCUUUAGCUACGUGGUGAGAACGAGAUGUGAGCAUAGCAGCGUUCACUAGCAGUGAAGGUGUCGGCAGCUAAGAAGCGCUUUACCCGUGGUUAAUCCAUGUGGCUGGCUUACGGUCCCUGCUGUGCAGCAUUGUCGUCAGAUUGGAUACUCUGUGACAGAGCUGCAGCAGUUGAGUUGAGUUGGGUGCAAUUUCUCUGCAGCUAACUAGUGACCUAGAUGCGUUUACGGACGGUUAACGUAUUAUGCAGCAAAGUAGCAACUGGCAUGAUUGACUGGAAAAGCCAUACUGGUUAAUUGUGCGGUUGAGAUGCUGGGGCCGCACUUCGUUGUGAAGGGCUAGUGAUCUGCUGCUAGCCUGAUUUUUUCAUGGUACUGCCCUGGACACCUUGCGGGGUAAACUUCGUCGUUCUUUCUUCUGUUUGGUGGUUAAGAAUAUUAUGAAAUUUUAUAAUAAGGAGCACAGCGGAUUAUCGAGCCGCAGUUGAAUCGACUUUUUUUUUUCUGUUCCGGCCAGUGAUCGCAGGACAGUUUGUUAUCUUGAGAGGAGCAGCGGGCGGAAAACAAUGAAUGAUGUUCAAGAGGUGACUGCAACUAGCUGCUGCACACAGCAAGGCCAGAAUGGUGUUUGCUUCUACAUGGAUCAGUAUUAAAAUGUGGCAGCCAAUGCACAUAGACUGUAUCUGCCCAUUGAUUCAUGGAGUGGUGGAGCAAGGCUGUGUGGCUAUUGCAAAGCCCACCUUGACCACUACUUUGCGGCACUUUGACCAGUAUUGAGGCCCACUGUGACAACGCUGGUGGGGCCCACUUUGACCACUUUGGUGUGACCCAAAAAGACCAGGCUCUCAUGGUGGGCGGCAGUCAGAGAAAGCACUGGUGAUCGACGUAGCUGAUUGCAGACACACUUCACUGUUCUUGUGCGACAGAUGGUGUUCACACUUCAAAGAUGAUCUGGCGUCAGAUUUGGUGUCAUUCCUCUUGUGUGGCCGAGGCUCGGAACCCUAAACUGUUCCUCUGUGGCGUGGCAGUAUGGUUCACGUCGAUUACAUCGGGACUACAUGUCAUGGACAACAAGCUUAAGGUCACGUAGUUGCACUACUACCUUUUUUCUUACUCAAAUCUGUCCGUCGCCUGAUCACAUUUUGAUUCAGGCGGGAAAGUCGUAGUCUGACUGAGUAUGCUCGGAGAGGAUGUGCUGGGACUCCCUGGUCAUGAGAGCUUUUUUGAGAGUCGGCGGGAGCAAAAUCACUGCGCGCAGCGCCAUGGCGUUUCCGUUUCGUUGGAGACACAUCAAAUCAUGAUAUGGUACCGAAACAUGCCCGCACGAUCGUCUUCAUUCGUUAGCAUUCACCUGACAUUAUCAGUCAUGAUGUGCGGCCCUUCGUGUGCAGUAUCAGGUAGUCUUUUCCGCGAUGCCAAGCCCCCUUGUCUGGGCAGAUGUUCGGAUGGCAGCUCUGUUCUGUGCGUCUGUUGUAUUGCAUUUUAAUUGCGGUCUGCAUCAUUGCUGGCCGCAGUGCGUGUCUCGUAUGUCGAUGAGUCCUUUCCUUGCAAAUGUCGACAAUAAAUGAACUUGGUCCUACUGUGGAGCCAUUUUCUUUGUCUGAUACAGGCUACUUGGCUCCAGUACAAGGAAUUGAAAGGAUUUGUUGUGGAAAGACUAGGAUUUCUUGUGGGAAGAGUUUGAACUUUGAAGACAGAUAGAUACUCUGAAGGAGGAGGAGGAGGAGGAGGAGGAACUGUGAGGGUGAGUUGAAGCAGAGAGGUGGUGAUCGCCACAAACAAUGUGAGGGCAUUGAGUGUUUUAUCCAUUACAGGCUACUUCGAGGUUGAGGUGAAGGAGAAAUGGUGACUUGGAGGAGGAGGAGGAGGAGAAAGAGCUGUGAGGGUGACUUGAAAGGAUUUCAUUUCCUGUGGGAAGAGUAGGAUUUCUUGUGGGAAGAGUAGGAUUUGUUGUGGGAAGGGUUUGAACACUGGAGGAGGAGGAGGAGGAGGAGGAGGAGGGAUUGUUGUGGGAAGAGAAGGAUUUGCUGUGGGAACAGUUCCAAGACGGAUAGAUAUAUAGGAGGAGGAGGAGGAGGAGAAAGUGGAGCGCGAGCUGUGAGGGUGGGUUGAAGGCGAUGGGUGGUGGGUCAGCACAAACAAUGA